GCUCCAAGCCCAGCAAACUGGUCCCAAAUCUUUCCAAAAUGCGCAGGGCAACUUCAGUCUCCUGUCAACAUUGAGACAAAGAAAGUGAAGAAGAAAAGCUAUCCUGAUCUUAAAAUCAGUUUUGACAACCCAUGUGGCCGAGUGACUGGAGAGCUACUUAAUGGUGGCCAUUCUCCUGUUUUUAACAUCGACAGCUCAAAGGGGGGCGCUAAACUUAGUGGCGGUCCCUUGGAGUGUGACGAGUACGCUCUUCAACAAUUCCAUUUUCAUUUUGGAUGCGAAAACAAUCGCGGAUCAGAGCACUUGAUUGACAACCAGGCUUUUCCAGCUCAGGUGUGUGGUAGUUUUUGUAAUCAAGAGAGAAAAUAAAGUACACUCCUUAAUGUAUACUCAUUAAUUUUUCAUGCCUUUUGGUAACGAGAGUGUAAGAUUUGCUCUUUAAGGCCAUUAAUAAUAAAUGUGCUGGUCAAGAUUAGCCAUCAAUUUUUAUUUUCACUUUUCCCAUUUUACCAAUCCUUCCUUUUAAUGUUUCUUGAUUUGUUCUUUUUCAGCUUCAUUUGGUUUUCUAUAACAAAAAGUACAACUCCUUCAAGGACGCAGUGGAUAAGCCGGACGGUUUAGCAGUUUUGGGAGUCCUUCUCACGGUAUUAACUCAUAAGAUAUUUUUCAACCAUAUACUAGAAAAAAAAAGUACUAAUAAUAACAAUGAUCAGAUUCCUCUACGGGAAAGAAGGAACCAUCUGAAAUGUACCAGGCUCCCAUCGUGUGACUUAUUGCUCGGUUGGUAGCGGCGCCCAAUCUGUAUCUGUUAGGCCUGUUCGAAUCCCGUAGAUUUCUGAAUUUUUUCCAAGCUCCUUAUCUGCAGCGCCUAAAAUUUCAGCUCACCCGUGAAGAUCGUUGCUUUAUUUGAUACAUACUAUUGAUUUAGACUUUUACAUUUUGUAAACGAAAAGUAGAUAUUGUAUUCGCUCCUAAGAAAAAUUAACAAUGCUUUUUCGUGUUUUUGCAGGCAACAUGCCCAGGGAACAAGGUUCUAGGAAAUUUAGCUAAUAAACUGAAGAAAGUGAUUGACGAAGGUAACUAGGGGGACCUGGUUUUAAUAGAGGGAAAAUGAGGGAAAAAUUAAUGAAGUGUGAUUAGGUUAAAGUUUACGAAAUGACCCCUGUUAGAGAUAUUACUCGUCUUUUUUUUUGACGUCUUCCAAUACUUUUAAUUGCUUAAGCAAUGCAAUACCACAAGGACCUUUUGACAAAUAUUAUUUUGAUCAACCAGUGAAUCAUUUUAUCUCGAUAAGCAGAUAAACAUUCUUAUAGCCUUAGUUUCCAGUUUAAACUCUACUAGAUGGUACACUGACGUUUCGUGAUCGUCUUGAUCAUUUCAAGGUGCCAGCACCAAUGUGACCGCUGCGGACGGCAUUAAACUGAAUUACCUUAUGCCCUACAAUAACAAACAAGUCGAAGAAGAUGAAGAUGAAGAUGAUGAUGAAGACGAAACCGAUGAUGAUGACGUCGCUAACAGCGGAGAAGAUGACGAUGAAGACAGCAAAAAGAAAAUACGUUAUUACACUUACAAAGGCUCCCUUACCACCCCUCCCUGCUAUGAAUCUGUCACCUGGAUCGUUUUCAAGGACAAAGUCAAGAUUUCAAACACUCAGGUUAGUCGGGCAUGGUGUGGAAUUGCGAAGGGAAAGAAAAAAGAUAUUAGCAUCCAAAACCGAUAAAAUUAAUUUCGAAUGUUCGAUUUCGAGCAUGAUUGUCAAAGAUGCAAGCGGAGCUUGUUGCACCCUAUCUGUUGACAAAGGUAACUAAGAAACCUUUUUUUCCUUCUUUCCUCAGCUCAACAAGUUCAGGAAAUUAAAGGCUAAGCACGGUGGUGCUCCUGGUUUGAUGUGUGACAACAUUAGACCGGUACAACCGCUGUACAAACGCAAGGUGUAUUCCGUUGUCUCAAGCAGGGACUAA